GAGCAGCCUCUAAGCUCGGCUUUUAGAUGCUCUCCCUUUCACCUUCCCUUUCCGGCUUUUUCUCUCUUUCAACUUCUGCUUCUUUUUCAAGUCUGCUUCUUGCAUUAUGCUUCGUGUUUCCGCUCUCUCUCUCUGAUCUCCAUAUCUGCAUCUCGAUCCGCUUCUUCAAACACCAAUCCUCGCUCUUACAACUACUUUGUAAAAGACCCAGAUUUUUUUUUUCUUUGACACUGGGGCUUCAAAGUUCUUGCCUUUGGAGGUGCCUUUUGACAAGCUAUUGAGAGAGUUUUUUUACUCUGAAUUUAGGAGCAUAACCUACCAUGUCUGAUCGUGUUGUACAAUCUUAUGAUAAUAGCAAUCGAAUGACUGGGAAAGCUGCGCAUCCUUACCAAUCUGCUUGGAUGGCUCAUUGGAUGCGCACAAGCUGCAAAUCAGCAAACCGAGGUUGUAGUCAAUUAUCAGUUUGCUAUGAAUCCCAUGAAGACAAUCAUGAUGCAAGGCAGCAUCACCUCCUUAGUGGGACAGAGAUAGUGGAUAGUAGUUCUAAAUAUGCAAAAGGAUUUAGUGAAGUUAAUAAAGGAAAAACAGUCAAUAUCAGCAAUGAAAGUCCAAUGUCGAGUUCAGAAAGGUUAAGGAGUGACAGAUCGGAUUUCCAGCCCCUUCCAGUGUGCGGCCUUCCUCAAAAGGGAGAGAGUUUUGUGGCUGAAAAGAUUGGACAGGCUUCUAUUUCUCAUCUAAGGUCUCAAAUUGAUCUUGAUUCCAGAUAUUAUCCUUUUUCUCUCAGUAGGGGUGACAGGUACCCAUUCUCAAUGCUCGCAAGGUCUCCACCUGAUCCAGAUACAUCAUCAAGAGAGUGUCAUUUUCAGCCUGAGCAGCUGGCGAAAUAUGAUAAGUUUAUUGAAAGUAAGAGAAAGGUCCUCGAGGAUGAUUUUGUGGGAUCAACUUCAAAAAUUGUGCCACAUGGAUGUAACCACAGAGCUCCGAUGCAGUCACAGGAGAAAAUUAAUAAAAUAAACUCCAUUUUAGUAUCUGAAGAUGAAGCCACAAAUACUAACUACCCUAGCAAUUCUAUGAUUUUGGUUCAUGAGAAGACAAUCAAUAUGGCUAGAAGAUCUACAAACUCAUUAUCGAGGCAUAAUGAUGUGGCUUUACCACAUGAUAUCUCAAAAAGCAUUCAGCAACCUCAUUUUCUUGGUAAGCAGAGGCAAAGGAUACCAGAUUGUUCAGGUAAUGGAUUGUUUCCUAGCCGGAGCAUAUCUUCUGGGCUGCAUGGCGCCAAAAAAUUAUAUCUUGGACGUUCUUCACUACCAAGCUUGCCAUGUGAUCUGUAUAACAUGGAGGAUUUGAGAAUUUGCUCCACUGUCAACUCCAUGGAAGAUUCAGCUAGAGGUCAAACCAAGUUUUCUCAAACAACUCAUCAUUUUAUGUUUGCAAAAAAAACCAAUUUUGAUCUCUGUGAAGGAGGUCCAAUGUUGAAAGAGUCGUCACUGCCAACCAAGUUGAAAGGAAGCACUUUUACUGAGCUCUUCAGCUUAUGUCCAGAUAAUGAAUUCCCAGUUCAGCCUGGAGUGAAGCUACAACUUCUAGGAAGUUCCGCAAGUAGUGAGGGAGAGAAAGAUGCCAAAGAUUUCAACACUUCAGCAGCAAAUUUAAAUAAUGAAUCAUCAGCUGACACUGAUACCAUGGACAUGGAUAUUUUCCGGGAGAAUCGUGUUUCUGGUAUGGCUUCUUCGCCACCAAAUAAGUGCAUUGAAUUGGACCCACAGUCACCAACGUCUCAACCUGUAUUCCCUUCAACUGAAGAAGAAACUAGAAACAACCGGGUAAAAACAAACUUACCUGAUAUAAAUCAAGAGCUUCCUGAUCUCGCAGCUUAUGGAGAUGACAAAGAGACAAGUACAUCAAAAACCCAGAGUUUGGAUGUUGAACACCUCCUUUCCCAUGCUGUGCAGCCAAAAAGAUUAAAAUCCUCUGCACGCUCAGAUAGUUAUCUGGAACAAGAGCCAAGCAGCAUAUGGGUUAAGCGCCUAAAGUUGAGUCCUACUUCUGCCUGUGGUACUAAGAGCUCAGAAAUGGCAGAAGCCUCUUCCCAUGAAAAGGUUAAUAAGUUCUUCAGCAAAAUUAUGAACCGCAGCAUAAACAAUUCAGAACCCCCUAUGGGUACAUGUGAAGGUAAAGAACAGACGAUCCGCAAUCAAACUGCUUUCUUAUUAAGAAACAGUGAAUCCUCACCUAUUGAAUCAAAGAGGGAAAAUCAAGAUAUAAAAAUUUCACAUCCUUGGAUCCAAAGGUGGCGCCGUAAUGUUGCUGUGGCUCCCCCAAAGAAGUCUAAAGCAGUGGAGUUCUUUGAACCACAAUGUUUGAAGGUAAUGUCGAAUGAAGUUCAACAGAAGCAUUUUCCAAGCCUUGCUGCUAUGGCAUUAAUGGGAAAGGCCAUGACUGGGUUCAGACCUUGCGAAUUUACUAAAAAGGGGGGUUUAGUAGUUUGGAAUUGCAAGUGAACAAGUCAGGUUUUAGAAUGGAAAGUGAGCUAAAUGGUCAAAAUGGGAUCAUGACGGUUCUAGCUGGCCAGCAUUGUUUUUUUCGAGGACAAACAAUGCUUUUUGGUCAUUCAUCAAAAUUAAUCAGUGAGCAGAAUGUGAGCUCUAUAAACCCUGAGUGUUGCAUAGGUAUGCAUCUGGCCUGCAUAUUGGUAUACUCUCAAAAGUUCAGCUAAAUACGCAAUAGUUUGUACUCUCUCUCUCUCUCUACCUGAGCUGAAGACACAAACCUUUGUAUACUCUCUCUAUCAUGUCUUAGGCAUAAUGAGAAAGUGAGAAAGCGAACUUACUGUGCUAACACCAUACAUUAUGCCUGCAAUACUGGAGCUGCUGGAGAAUGUUCCAAUUUGACAGGAACUAUGCAUGUGGUUAUGGCCCUUAAGAGGAGAGUGCUCUGGAGCUGAAGAAGUUAUUUAAUGAACUGAAAAUGUCAAGGACAAAUACAGAAGGGUGAAAAAGAAUCAUGCUGAGAAUCGUUAGCCUUUCUUUACUUACGAUCUUUAAGGUGGUCUCGAUGUAUGCAUUUUUGUUAUAUGAUGUGCAUGAUCUUGAUGUAUACAUUUUUGUUAUAUGAUGUGCAAGUGUGGCUAAUUUUCAAUUGCCUAUUGUAUUAUAAACUUCGUCACCCGAAGUAAAAAUUUUUGGUUGCAUAUAUUUUCCUAGUGUGGUUUGAUUA